AUGUGCGUUGAGGACAUGCUCUCUCACACAGUCGUCAACAAGGUCAAAGUUCACUUCAACGAACUGACCGAAUGGAGAGUGCGCACCCGUCUCAUACCCUUCUUCCAUCGACGCCUCCAAAGCGGAAAACGAGGACCUGAACAACUGCUAGAUCCGCACACUCUCGAAAACGACGACAAACAUCUUGUCCUAGUCCUUCUAGUCCUUCCUAUUUCACAUUGGGCGGAGACACAGCGCUGGCCACGACGAUACUUGAACGACAGUGGCGGAACGACUUAUUUAUCGGCGAAAAAGACGUCCCUUCGUCCAAAGGAAUCGGACCGCGAGGUGCUCCUCGAAGCGUGGGGGAGCUACACGGAGGAGCCCGAGCUGGACAUCACAAACGAGGACAAAGCCCUCUCUGUCUGGGCUGUUGACCGAGAAGCAAACGACCCCCAAGCGAGGGUCAUCCAAGAUAUCGCUCGAGUGCUCGUCCCGUCUGCGGAAACGCUGGCCACAUUCGGCGCCCAACACCUCGACAGACUGGUCGAGAGUGUCGAUGAGGGUCGGAACAAUUCCAUGCCUGUCACAAAGCCACGGCCUCAGCCAGACUACUCUGCGGGGUUCAAGCGCUCUGCCUUUACCGAGACUCAACUUCAGAAACUACAGCCCUUUCUGGGCGACCUCGCCGAUACCUGUUUCUUCACGGGCACUUGGUACAUGUACUUCCGUUCUUCGCCAUCGAAGUCAAAAUGUACAUACCAUGACGCUCGCCGUUCGAAAGGUGUCGUGGAACUAUUCCGGCUCGUGAAGCGCGAGAUAGAACUUCGUCGAAAGAUCCUCGCCUUUUCCAUCUCACAUGAUGACCGAUCAAUAAGGAUUUACGGUCAUUAUCUUAUCAUUGAGGGUACAAGCACGACGUUCUACCGCCAUCUUAUACGCGCCUUUAACUUUACCGAGUUGCACGGGAAAGAGAAGUGGACGGCGUACAAGUUUACCAAAAGUGUCUAUGAUACCUGGAUGCCCACUCACUUCCAAAGCCUUUACUCGGUAAUCGACGUAAUCCCAUCUGAUUUAAGUCUCGACAUCUUCGAGGGAUCGGAUCUACAAUUCCCUUCGUCCUCUGGACUUCCUCAAGAUUCGGAAAGCCAUCACCCUCUGGAGUCAGCGGCUACGGACGGCAACGUGGUGAGCCUAUUAGAACCCGAGAAUGACACAUCUGGCAGCCCGCUGGCCAAGCCAACCAGCCAGCUCCAGUCGUAG